CAGGUGCAGAAAAUUUAAUCACCCAAAAAUAAAAUUUCUUUUUCUCUGCACUUGUAUUCUUCUUCUUCUUCAAUCUUCUUCUCUACCCCUCUCUUUCUCUGCAAAUCUAAAAACCCAAGAUUCUGUAAAGAAAAAAAGAAGAGAUUUCAAUUUUGGUUAGAGAAAACAAAGAAAGAGAGAGACCAGAGAAUGCCGUCUGCAUUGGAAGAUGAGCUGUUUCCGUCGACGCCAGGGAAGUUCAAGAUCGAGCGGGGCCACGGCAUGAACCGCCAGUUCCACCGAUGCUUCGCCUCCACCAGCACCAUGUUCCUGUGGGCCCUGUUCCUGAUCGCCUUGACGGCGUCGUAUUUGAGUUUCCAGAGCUUCGUUGACUCCGGUAGCCGGUACUUCUCCGCCUCCUGGGGCGGCAUCCAGUGGGAGAAGCAGGUCCGCAACUCCGCCCAGAUCCACCGCUCCGGCGGCAUGGCCGUACUGGUCACCGGCGCCGCCGGUUUCGUUGGGACCCACGUCUCGCUGGCGCUCAAGAAGCGCGGAGACGGUGUCGUCGGGAUCGACAAUUUCAACAGCUACUACGACCCGUCGUUGAAAAAGGCCCGCCGCUCGCUGCUCAAGAGCCACGGCGUCUUCAUCGUGGAAGGCGACAUAAACGACAAUCGUCUCCUCGACAAGCUCUUCGACACCGUGGCAUUUACGCACGUGAUGCAUUUGGCGGCUCAAGCCGGCGUCAGGUACGCCAUGGAGAACCCCCACUCGUACGUCCACAGCAACAUCGCCGGCCUCGUCACGCUUCUCGAGGUCUGCAAAACGGCCAAUCCCCAGCCGUCGAUCGUCUGGGCCUCGUCCAGCUCCGUCUACGGCCUAAACGACAACGUUCCUUUCUCCGAAUCUGACCGCACCGACCAGCCCGCUAGCCUCUACGCAGCCACAAAGAAAGCCGGCGAGGAAAUUACCCACACUUACAACCAUAUUUACGGCCUGUCAGUUACCGGGUUGAGAUUUUUUACCGUUUACGGGCCGUGGGGCCGACCCGACAUGGCGUAUUUCUCUUUUACCCGCAACAUCCUCCAAGGCAAGCCCAUCACCAUUUACCGGGGCAAGAACCGGGUCGACUUGGCCCGCGAUUUCACGUACAUUGACGAUAUUGUGAAGGGUUGUUUGGGGUCUUUGGAUACAUCCGGGAAGAGUACCGGGUCGGGCGGGAAGAAGCGGGGCCCCGCACCGUACCGGAUCUUUAAUCUGGGGAACACGUCACCGGUGACCGUGCCGACACUUGUCAGCAUCCUGGAGCGGCAUUUGAAGAUGAAGGCGAAGAAGAAUUUCGUGGACAUGCCUGGAAACGGCGACGUUCCGUUCACGCACGCGAAUAUAAGCUUGGCCAGAAGGGAAUUCGGUUAUAAGCCCACAACCGAUUUGCAGACCGGGUUGAAGAAGUUUGUUAGGUGGUAUCUUUCUUAUUACGGCUACAAUCAUGGCAAGCCUGUAAAUUAAUAUUUCUUUUCCUUUAUUUCCUUUUAUUAUUUUUUUUUAAUCUUACUUUAAAUUUUCUAGGAUUUUUUUCCCCAACCAAAAGGAAAAAAAACCUGGGGAAAAAGAAUCCUAGGGCAAAAAAAAAGAAAAAAAAAAUCCGAGAUACAUUCUUUACUUGGGAGAGCUGUGAAGUUGUUAUAAUUUUUUUUUCUAUUUUGUAAAGGAAAUAUUUCAAUAUGCCUUUCUUGUGGGUAUCCUAAGAAUCGUUUGAAAAGAGGAGAGUCUGAGAGAAAGGUUCAAUUUUCCGGCAUUCUA